AUGGCCAGCUCCUUUCUGCUGCUGCUGUCGCUGAGUGUGGCGCGAGCAGCAUACUUCUUUGUCGAGGAGGGCUCGGAAAGAUGCUUCCGGCAGGACGUCCUCGAGAAUCAGGUUCUGCGGAUUGCGUACAACAUGAACGACAAGGAGGUGCUGCACAAGGCGGAAUGCAAGAUCUUGGUGAAGAGCCCGGCCGGCGAGGCGGUGGUUGUGAUGGUGCUUCUGGUGCCGCUGGUGCUGCUGCUGCUGCUGCUGCUGCUGCUGCUGCUGCUGCUGCUGCUGCUGCUGCUGGUAUUGACCACGCGCUGGUGGACUCCCAUGAUGGCGCUCUAG